AUGGCUCAAUUCCCGCAGGAUCUCGGGGACAGUGGCGCGGGGACCGUGGUGGCUUUUGGGCCUGGUGUUGAACGCCGGAGUGUUGGCGAUAAGGUCUUUGGGUUCUUCUUCCAUAAUGAGGAGAAGGGGCAGCAGGUUUCUGUUACUGCGCCGGAGCAUUUGUUUGGGAGGACACCCGAGGGCGUUUCUCUUGCUGCUGCAGCUACGUUGCCAACAAACUUCACCACUGCAUUCUACACUCUGCCCGACAAGUUCGGCCUCAGCCUCACCUCGCCGCGUUUUGAAGAAUUCUCCUCUGGCGACGACAGACACACCGACCCUCAUCUGGGGCGCAGGCAGCUCCAAACAGAGAGCCCGUCCGUCCUUGUUCGUGCUUUUGAUUGCUUGGCCUCGAAGUUCGGGUCCUUGCAGCAUAUUGCCCAGUUUGCAAGUUUGCCCGGCUCAGUUGUUGCGGCUGUUCUUCCUGUUGUCAUUCGCGCGCCUUCGGAUAAGGAGGGGAUCCACCUGUCGGCGGAUGUAGCUGGGGAAGCACCUUGGGCGUCUGGUGUCGAGGUUCAUAGCGUUGUAAGCUAUGCAUAUGAGGCGAAUGCUUUCUGGAAAGACCAUCUCCAGCCAGAUAUUGUACUCGCCCUUCUCACCUCGGGUGCCAUUGAGCCAAACAAGUACCAGGUAAUUGAAGGCGACUCGCUUCUGCAGAGGGCUAGUACUGCUAUGGAUACCUUGAGAAGCGGCACAGUUAGUAGCUAG